UAUAUCUGUGUUCACAGACGACAGGAAACUCAGUGGUCUUCCGCAUACUAGGAUCGUCAUGAGCCAAACAGCACAGAUGGAGCGAGAACCUUUCGCUGACGAGAAGGCACCUUCCCUUGUCCAAAACACAGAUUGUAACGAUGCGGACUCAGAGCUUAUAUGGCAUACGACUCAAAACUACAAGCGCCAGUGCAGUGCUUUGCGCUCAAAGAUCCUUGGUUUUGCAUGUAUUUUCAGUCUUGCGUUGCUCUUGCAUUGCUUCUGGCCAUCUCCUACAUCCAGUGACUUCCCCACUCACGAGAGUCAGAGGUUACUUGCUAUUGAAGAUGAGAUGUGUCCACAAGUCUCUGCUAUCAUACCUUCGAGCCAUGCGUCACUGAUCGACACUCUCGAUGAGGAGUACGGAACCGAAAAGUUCAAACUAAAGGCAUACGAGUCACUAGGAGGCGCCGUAAGGAUUCCGACUGUGUGCUAUGACGAUCUUGGCACUCCAGAAGAGGACCCGCGGUGGGAGAUAUUCAAUGACUUCCAUACUUACAUCGAACAGCGUUUCCCAAAGGUCCACGCCACUCUACAGCAAACCAAGGUUGCGACCUACGCACUUGUCUAUCACUGGCAAGGAACGGACACGUCUUUGAAGCCCCUUCUCUUGGCCGCGCAUAUGGAUGUAGUUCCCACAAACGCUGCGACUGAAUCGGACUGGAUUAACCCCCCUUUCUCGGGGUAUUAUGAUGGUGAGUGGAUUUGGGGACGAGGCAGCUGCGACGACAAGCCUGGAGUCAUUGGCAGCAUGACUGCCAUCGAAACUCUCCUUGAGCAAGGUUUCAAACCUACAAGAACCGUCAUCUUGGCUUAUGGCAUCGACGAGGAGCGCGGCGGGCCUACUGGCGCUGCCGCAAUUGGAGAAUAUCUUGUAAAGACCUAUGGAGAAGAUUCCAUCUCAAUGAUUGUCGAUGAAGGAGGAGGAUACUCUGACGAGAGCGGCACUAUCUUUGCUACUCCUGCGGUUGCUGAGAAAGGGUACUUGGACGUUCGCGUGGACGUUCUCACACCUGGAGGACACUCGAGCAGACCUCCCAAACAUACUGGCAUUGGUAUCCUCGCCAGCGUUGUCACCGAGCUGGAGGCGAACCCACACGUCCCGAAGCUUGCACGCGACCGAACCUACUAUCAGGGUUUACAGUGCAGGGCAAAGUAUGAUGUUGGGUUCCCCUCUGAUAUGCGCAAACUUGUUAUCGAAUCGCAGACCAGCGACGAGAAGUUGCAUGAGCUGGAGACAAAGCUUGAUGAUUUCGACCCAGCAUACUCUGCUUCAGCAGGUACAACUCAGGCCAUCGACAUUAUCUAUGGUGGCGUUAAAAUCAACGCACUGCCAGAAGCUGUUUACGCCAUUGCAAACCACAGAAUCGCAGACCACAGCUCUGUUUCUGAACUUCAAGACCGAUUUGCAAGCAUCGUCGCACCUGUUGCGGCCAAGCACAACAUGUCUCUUAAUGCGUUUGGGAAGCCAAUCGGCCUUGAGGCACCUACGUGGGGUCUUGUGAAGGUUUCAGAUGCAUUCGGUUCAGCAUUAGAACCCGCACCUGUUACCCCAACUACCGGAAGCGGGCCAUACAAACUGCUCUCGGGCACCGUCUUGUCCACGCUGCAGACCAACCUCCGUACAGACGACUUCCCUGAUGUUUCUGUCGUGUCACCUGGCCUUUCCUUAGGAAACACGGACACAAGGCAUUACUGGAGCCUUACCAAACACAUUUUCCGAUAUGGCCACCGUGGUGCCGCUGAUGGCUAUAAUGGUGCGCAUACCAUAAAUGAAGCUAUCAGAGCAGAGGGCUUCUUGGAACAAAUUCGGUUUUUUACGAGGUUGAUCCUAAACGUUGACGAAACUGACCUCCUGGAGUGAAUCUAAGUGCGGUGAUCUAGGAAGAUGGAAAGGGUAGGAUCUAGAAAUAGCCCCUAUGUCGCUUGCAAUUGUCAUUCCCCGCGGUCGUCGUGUGUGAUCAAGGGCUUCUAAGGGUAAUUUUAGUAUGUAACUAUCAUGUAAGAUGGCAGUCAUGUAUCGGUUUUAAGCUCAUGGAAUAAACAAAUAAACAAAUU